CCACUCUUCAAGCACUACCCACUUUUGAAUAAUUGUUCCUUUCAACUUUGAAUCUCAUAUAAAAUACACACAAUCAUCUUCUCUAAUAAUCCAAAAUCUGUCUUCUUUUCUUUCAAAUUCUUCCGUAUCUCAACUGGGUAUCCCUUGGAUGCCAAGUACUAGUUCAACGCAUGUAAUUCACUGAUUUUUUUGUGGUGUAAGUCUUAGUCUUAGAUCAUAGUGUUCUUGAGCUAUGAAUCUGAGCAACGGCAAAGGAUCUAUGUCAACUGCGAGCUCCACUGCUUCUUGGAAGUCCGGAGAUGUCUCGGAUCAGUUUCCGGUGGGUUUGCGUGUUCUGGUGGUUGACGACGACCCCACUUGUCUCAUGAUCCUGGAGAAGAUGCUUAGGACUUGCCUUUAUGAAAGUACGAAAUGCAAUCGAGCAGAAAUCGCAUUGUCUCUGCUUCGAGAAAACAAAAAUCGGUUUGAUAUUGUUCUAAGCGAUGUCCACAUGCCGGACAUGGACGGUUUCAAACUCCUGGAGUACAUUGGGCUGGAGAUGGAUCUGCCUGUUAUCAUGAUGUCCGCGGAUGAUGGGAAAAGCGUUGUAAUGAAAGGUGUGACUCAUGGUGCCUGUGACUACCUGAUCAAACCAGUUCGAAUUGAGGCACUAAGGAACAUAUGGCAACAUGUGGUUCGGAAGAAGAAGAAUGAGUGGAAGGAAGCGGAGCAUUCAGGAAGUGCUGAAGAUGGAGAUCGGCAACAAAAGCCAUCCGAAGAUGCAGAUUACUCAUCCUCUGCAAACGGAGGCAGUUUUAGAAACUUGAAAAAGAGAAAGGAUGAAGAAGAUGAUGGGGAGGAGAAGGACGAUACAUCCACAUCGAAGAAACCUCGGGUCAUUUGGUCAGUUGAGCUUCAUCAACAGUUUGUGGCAGCUGUUAAUCAACUAGGCAUUGAGAAGGCUGUUCCUAAGAGAAUUCUGGAUCUGAUGAAUGUUCCUGGGAUCACCAGAGAGAAUGUCGCUAGCCAUCUCCAGAAAUAUAGGUUAUAUCUGCGGAGGCUAAGUGGGGUGCAGUACCAAGGCAAUAUGAGCAACUCUUUUAUCAAUCCCUCGGAAGCAACUUUUGGGUUGUCUCCACUUGACGGGGGCAUUGAUUUUCAGACUCUUGCUGCUGCUGGUCAACUAUCAACCCAGAGUCUUGCCACUCUCAAAGCUGCUGGACUUGGUAGGUCAUCUGCCAAACCUGACUUACCCAUGUCCUUUGGUGAUCAAAGGAACCUUUUUAGCUUUGAAAAUCAAGAGUUGAGAUUUGGUGGGGGUAAACAACAACAUAUGAGCAGUAAUAAGCAAAUGAACUUAGUUCACAGAAUUCCAGCAACUAUGGAGCCAUUGCCAAAGCAGCUUUCAAACUUGCAACGUACUGCCCAACCUCUCGGGGGCAUCAAUUUGCAAGUCAAUGACCAUGGGGGUCAGAGCAGCCCAAGUAACUCUUACUUGAUGCAGAUGGCUCAACCACAAUCGCGAGGGCUGAUAGUAAAUGAAACUACAGGUGCUAAUGUCCCCCGGCUACCAUCAUCCAUCGGGCAGCAUACUAUAUCAAAUGGGAUUGCUGGUGGAGUCCUAGUCAGAAAUGGAAUCAGUGAAGAGGGAAGAGGAGCUGGGUACAAUGUUGCAGUUCCGCAAACAUCUUCAAAGAUGAAUUUGCAAUUGAACCAGACAGUGCAAUUGCCAGGAAAUAGUUUCUCUCUUGGAGGAAACCCUGCUAUAUAUAGUCUUGCGUCCAAGGGGGAGUUUCAAGAAGAGGUUAGCUCAAACAUAAAAGGAUUGCCAGGAUUCAUUCCAAGUUAUGAUAUUUUUAGUGAUUUUCGUCAGUAUCAAUCCCAUGAUUGGGAGUUGCAGAAUGUAGGUGUGACAUUUGACGCUUCUCAGCCUUCAAACUCUCUGCAAGGCAACUUUGAUAUGCCUUCAGUUUUAGCUAGUCAAGGAACUUCAUAUGGGCAAAGGACCGGACAGUUCAUGAAUGUAUCUUCUGUGGGGAAGGAAAUGUUCUCUAUGGUUGAAGGAAAUGGGCUUGGCAGCGUACAAAAUCUCAGUCACCAUCUCGAUACCCUUCCUGUCGAAAAUUCAAUAAAAGUUAAAACAGAAAGAGUUCCUGAUUCUAACUGUCAGACUAGCUUUUUCCCUGAGCACUUUGGUCAGGAGGAUCUCAUGAGUGCAUUGCUCAAGCAGCAGCAAGAAGGAAUUGGACAAGCUGAAAACGAGUUCGACUUUGAUGGGUAUCCCAUGGAUAAUAUUCCUGUGUAGAACAUGCUUCAUGUUUCUAUUUGUGAACGCAGUUUCUGGUGUACAUACUGCUACAGAUAAUUUGGCCUUUUUCUUUCGCAAUCGUAGUUGAGAUCCACGUAUCCAUCAUCUUCAAGUGCAUUGAGAGAGUCAGACUCCAGAAUGAGAUCCUUCCCAGAUAGUAUAGGGUUUGAGAUUCUCAACUCCAAUGCUCUGCUGAUUGCCCUCAGCUUUGCUUCAUUUGAUUCAUAUACCCCUACACUGCAUGAGAAGAAGCAAAUGAAUGAUCUGAAUCCCGUAGUACUCUUCCUAUUCCUGCCCUGCCCAGUUUUCCUAGGGCUGAACCAUCGACAUUCCAUUUCAAUUUAUCAUUAGGAGGAGGAAUCCACUGUACUUGUCCACCAUUCUAUACCACAAGUUAGAUGGACCUGUGCAUUGGCAGAACAGAUGGUCCACAGUCUCCUGGGCUGAUAGGCAGAAUGGACAGACAUACAUUAGCUGAUGCCAGUAUAAUCCCUUUGUGUGCCAAAUUAUCUCUGGUGGGAAGUUUCUUAUGGAGCAUGAUCCAUGCAAAGAUCUCCACCCUAGGAGGUGCAAGACCCUUCCAUACUGCUUUGUAGAAAGGUGGCCACAGGGAUAGGAUUUUGAAGGGAGUUCAGCACUUCAGCUAGCUUGACAUAGGAGAGAAUUUCCAUAUUAUUCUGUCCACUUUGUUGGGGCAUAGUGUACAGGGUUGAAAGCAACUGCAGCAACUCAUCAAUUAAAGUCUCUUCCCAUCUGUAGAGGUUCCUUCUCCACAAAAACCUCCAUUCCCAGCUAUUGUUAUUCCAGAAUCCCAUAUCUUAAAUUUUGCAUGACUUCUGGAUAGAUGUUCCAAGCAACCUCUCAAAUAUCACACAUAGAGACCUAUUAGUGACCCAUUUGUCUUGCCAGAAUUUUAUGCAGCUUCCAUUCGCAAUAACAAUGCCCAAUACCCUCUUGAAACAGUAUGCCACAAUGAGUCUUGAUUCAACAUUAGGGCCUGGACACUUUGCCAUAAGUAAGAGGCAGAUGGGGAUGUAGGAAUGGUUAAGAGUGUUUAGUAGGGCUUGGCUUCCUCUGGUAUACUUUCCACUGAUAACAAAUCUCCACAGUGAUCCCUCAUUUUGUAAGAAUCUCCAUACCCAUUUGAAUAGCAAUGCUUUGCUUUUCAGGGUUAUAUCACCAAUCCGCAGACCCCUAGAUUGCUUUGGUGGUAUUACUUGUUUUCAGCUGAUGUGGUGCAACUUUUUCUUCACUUCUAUAUCUCCCGACAGAAAACUCCAUUGUAGAGAUUCCAGUUUUCUGGCCACCACCACUGGCAUCUUGAACAGGGACAUGUAGUAGAUUGGCAAAUAUGACAGAGCUGAUUGGAUUAAUGUUAAUCUGUCCCCAAUGACUUAACUGGUAGAGAUUCUGCUCUACAGUGAUACUUAGCAGCCAUAGCCUUAGUCCACUACCUACUCAUGCCAAUUCCAACAAGGGAGCUCUUAGAGGAAUUUACUUUAAGCCCUGAGAUGAUCUGGAAACAUCUCAAUAUUCUUUUGACCACUUAUAUGCAUCUCUCUUUAGCUUUGCAGAAAAUCAGUAUGUCAUCAGCAUAUUGAAUAUGAGAUAAUGCUUAACGCAUAUUCUUUA